CAAAUAACAUGGUGCUCAAAUAUAAUCUUUAAAAAAUGAAUUUUAAAUUCCAAAUCGGCUUAAGUAUUUCCAAAUUGAAAAACUGGCAUCCCCCAAAACAGUGCUAUAAAACGGCGGACGGCCACAGCUGUUCCGUUAGUAACCGAAAUGUUAUUAUUGAGUAAGCUCCCCAGAAUAACGCAAUGGCUGCCGAAGGAUCCAAAGGACCAGCGGAGCAUAUGGGGCUAUGUUGCCGUCGCCUUCAACCAGGUGGACGCGGAACGGUUGGCAAAAGUGGGACCAAACCGCCUGUGCGCCGAGUGGAUCAUUAAGAACGGAGGCGGAGUGCGAUUUGUGGAUAGUCCCACCAGGUUGUGGAAGGAUUACAACUCGCUGCCGGCGGAGAACACUCAGUUUUGCCUCAAGGUGGUGGACGCCUCGAAUUCCUCCAUCAUGAAGAUAGGACUGGAGCACUUAAAGGAUUGCAAAAGCAUCGACACGGUCAUCUUCCACAACUGUAAGCACCUGGAGAACGAUGGAUUGGAGGGACUGCAUCACAUCAGCAACUCACUGGAGCGAUUGCAGGUUUCCGGCUGUUACAACAUCACCGAUUCCGGCCUCGCAGUGAUCGGGGAGCUCAAAAAUCUGAGACAACUAGUCAUAUUCGACAUGAUAUUCGUGAAGAACAUGGCAGCGGUGGCAGCCAAGCUGAAGAGCCAGCUUCCGAGCUGCGACAUCAAGGCCACCAAGCUCGGCGUUACGUUAAAGCCCAAAAAAUAGUCAGCCAAUGGUGAUUUGUCGUGUUGUUUUGGUCAAAAUUUGUAAAUAGAAAUGUCAGAAACGUGUUGGAAAAGGCUGAACUUCGACAUUGGAUCUAAAUAAUCAAUCUCAUCUCGUUUUUAGUUUUAUGUUUUGAAGCUUCAUACUUACAAAAACUCAAUAAAAAUUAUAGCAAUCCUUUAAAAAUA